ACGAAAACGAAACGAGUGCAUCUGGCCACCAAAGGUGGCAAAAUACACUCGUUACUAUUCAUAGCAAACCGAUGAACCUGGCCAUUUGCUAGGGGAAGAGGAUACAUUCGUUUCGUUUUUCGUUUCGUGUGCCGUGCGGCAACGCCCACAGACGUGAAAAUAUAAUAAAAUAACAACAAAACUGGGGACGUGGAUUUCCGGUUGGGAGGCUCAUUUUAUGUCUAUUCCGGUUUCCAGGUGAGGGAGGAGGAAAUGUUAAUGGGAGGAGGAGUUUCCCACCUACCAAUCAAUCAAUCGAUCAAUAUCAAUCGAUUAAUCAGGCCCCAUCAAUCAAGUCGAGUAGUGUAAGAGCACUGCUCUGCAAUUACACGAUCGUCAGCGAAGAAAAGAAGACCGGCUGCUCUACGGAUUCACCGAAGAUCCACAGGAGAGAGCAUCUUGUCAGCUGCGACUCUCUCUCUUCUUUGCGAUAAGCAGUCAAAUUGAAGAAGAAGAAGAAGAAGAAGAAGAAGAAGAAGAAGGGAGCGUUUGACGGCGGCAGCUUGAAGGUCUCUGGCUAUGGCGUCCACAGCCACCAUGGCGGCAGCCUACUGUGCAAUGAGUGGAGCAGCAGCAGCAGCAGGAGGAGGAGGAGGGUUACAUCGGGGGCUUGAUCCUGGGCACACGUCGGGCAGCUGGUCGGUAUCGCCAUCGCCAUCGCCGCGACCUUUACCAAGUUCGCUAGCGAUGGCGGCGCACCAUAGACAGCGCGUAUCCAUCGCUCGUGAUCGUGCCACGUGGCCGAACGGCGUAGGCUCCUCCUCGAGUGGUCUCCGUGAGAGCGAUUUCCUUGGAUCGUCCGACAGCUUCCAGACAAUCUCUGGAAAUGACAGAGGAGCUACGAGAUGUCGCCACGUAAUCCCGCUUUCGGUAUCGGCUAUGGCGGCCAACGAGUCUCUGGUGUUGGAGGAGAAGGCUCCUGCCUCCGCUUCCCCUCUGUUAGUGACACCUGGGGUGAAGAGACACACCAUAUCCGUGUUUGUUGGAGAUGAGAGUGGAAUGAUCAACAGGGUAGCUGGAGUGUUUGCUCGGAGAGGUUUCAACAUCGAUUCCCUGGCCGUCGGAUUGAACAAAGAUAAAGCACUCUUCACCAUUGUUGUGUCGGGAUCAGACCAGGUCGUCCAGCAAGCCAUGAAGCAAGUGUACAAGCUAGUUAAUGUUGUCAAGGUUGAAGACCUGAGCCAUCUGGCACGAGUUGAGCGGGAGCUCAUGCUUAUCAAGCUUUCUGUUCGUUCAGACAACAGAUCUGAGGUGCUUGAGCUCAUUGAGAUUUUCCGAGGCCGGGUGGUUGAUGUAGGUGAAUCGUCAAUCACUGCUGAGGUGACUGGGGAUCCUGGAAAGCUGGUGGCUUUUGAACAUGCGAUGGUGAAGUUCGGAAUCAAGGAAAUCGCGCGAACCGGAAAGAUUGCCUUGAAAAGGGAGCACGAUGACGAUCGUGUAGAGCGCCCUGGCUCCAAGGGGUGGGUGAAGCGAAGUGGUGCGAAGAGGAGGGACACUUUGAUUGGUGGUGCUGCAUCGACACCGAGCACAACAGCCCCUCUGUCCGCUGAGGGUGAUGUCUAUCCUAUGGACAACGACGAUGAUGUGACCGGCGUUUGGGAAGCUCCACACGUGCUGGACCCGGAUUGGGGCGGUGUCGUCGAUGACCCAAGCGGCUUCGUCUCCCAUACUCUCAGUUUAUUGGUCAGAGACUCGCCGGGUGUUCUGAACAACAUCACCGGAGUGAUUGCUCGGCGCGGUUAUAACAUCCAGAGUCUGGCAGUUGGUCCUGCAGAGUGCCAAGGCAUAUCCAGGCUCACUUCUGUUGUCCCGGGAACAGAGGCAUCCAUCGGUAAACUUCUGAAGCAACUCGAAAAGUUGGUUGAUGUUCUGGAGGUUUGCGAUAUUACCAACGUUCCGUUUUCAGAAAGGGAGCUCAUGCUGAUAAAAGUGGAAACUGAUGUGCGGACGAGGAGAGAUGUCAUGGACAUUGUUGGCAUAUUCCGAUCCCGUGUGGUGGAUGUUUCUCGGCAUACCAUCACCUUGGAGAUGACCGGAGACCUCGAAAAGCUUGCUGCACUACAGCGUCUGUUGGAGCCAUUCGGCAUACUGGAGGUCGCUCGGACGGGACGAGUUGCUCUUGCAAGGGACUCAGGAGUAGACUCCCGAUCUCUCGGUCACUUCAAUUGCAAGUCGUACUUCUGAGCAGUGAACAUCAUUUCUCACUCAAUUUUGAUGAACGAAGCGGAACGUCGCCCAAAUGCAUCAGCAGCAUACAUCAAGAUACUUGGCAAUCCAUCAGACAUCACCUCAGCUCAACUAGGGUGUUGUGUUUGCUGGGCUUGUGAAAGGCGCGAAGACCAAGGCAGUCGGCGGCAUAUUUUUACAUGUUGGAAGGAGCGACCUCGGCUUGUUCGCACAGAGAGAUUCCGAAGUCCUGAGAUCUCAUCCUACGUACCAUGCGCAACUUGCGAAGAAAAGGUAUACCGUACACUACUAAUAUAUUGCGGGAACGGAGCAAUUAACUUCUGCUGCUUUUACAGAUGCUUGAUGCCACAUUCAACAGGUUAUGAGGCAAGGGUUGUGCUUGCGUCCAUCGGCCAUCAGGACCUGGCAUGACCGUGCUGCUGCGACAGCUCAUCCAGACGACCUCUGAAAGGGAGAGGAAUUGACAUGUGUGGGAUGCCAUGUCAGAGGCACUGUUGUCGUGCAGACAACAAAGCUAUGGUGGGCCAGGGAUCGCCGGGAGUCUGCGGGAGAGCGUCGAAGGGGAGAAGCUGAGAGUAGGGAGGGAAGGGAGAGGUGUUUUUAAAGGAUCACGCAACCUUGACGUACGUAUGCGGCACAACAAAUUCCGCUUUCUCUGUCUCUCUCUCACAAAGUCAACCGCGAGUUGUUCCACCCUGUUUGCUAUUCAAUGCAUCUGGACGGUGCCCAGUCCAGUUUUGUACGUUUUGUCUAUCGGUGUUCUUGUCGAUGUCUUUCUCUUCUCGAAAAGCGACCAAGUUCGUUCGUAUUGGUCACACGAGUUUUCAAUCCUCCUGUGCAUUGUAAGGAAGCUGUUGUGAGUUGCAGGUGGGAAAAAAGGGUGCGACCAGAUGUGUGGGCCGGCACUACGUUGCUGUGAGAUUCUGUCUGCUUGUGCCAGAGGUGAGAGAAACAUCUUGUCAGGGUCCAGGUCAGGGCCCGAUUGGAAGCCCCUUACCCCAUGUCAGUUCUUCUUAUUGCUGACAUGUUAAUUCUCGAGUUGAGGUUCUUCUCUCUCUCUUCUUUUUUUUUUUUUUUUUUUUGUGAGGUUCUGUCUCUUGUUGGUUUCCAGAAGAUGUUUUUUGUUCCAGCACCGAUAUGCCGGCAAAUGCUGAAAAAAACUUCAAAAAAGAAAGAAAAAAAAAAAGACGCGAAAUGCUGUAGGUAAUAGGUGUGGGUGUGGGUGCUAACACUGAGCCGUGACCCGUGACUGAGUUGCAGGUACCAUUUGUGCUGUGCUUGUACCUUCAUUACCAUUGUAUCUGGUCAGUAGUGUACUACCAGGCUUGUGCUUUCUGUCAGUGGACAUCUCAUCAGUCCAGUGUAAUCCUAAGAGUCCCGGGCGUGGUUACGACGAGUGCUCUGAGGGACUGGGAAUGCGAUUGCUGUUCAUCUGCGAACGCUUUCAUGAAGGCGAACAGCCACAGGAGCAGGGUAGGGUGGUGUGUGAUCAAGUUCACUCAUGAGUCAUGAAUGAUCUAUUGUCGGCACACUUUAGAGCAAUGGAAAUGUGAGACCUACUUGCCAAUCAAUGCGUAGUAUUGUGUGUCUGUAUUUGAUUGUCUGUGAAUUACAUGCACGAAGCACCAACAAUUUUUGAGCGUGCGUCUUCACCAUGAAAAAAACGACGAUGUCCUAUACCCCUAAGGCGAAAGGGACGAAUGAAUGUGCUUGUCGCUC